AUGAAGUUGUUUUUUUCCUUCCAAUCUGUGUGUUCUUGGACAUUUAUCUUCCUUUUCAUUACGUCACUGACACACGCCUGUGGACCUGGACGAGGUUCUGGUAGUCGCAGACGUCCACGGAAACGCACACCUUUAGUUUUCAAACAACACGUACCAAACGUUUCGGAAAAUACCCUCGGUGCUAGUGGUAUAAGUGAUGGGAAAAUACGAAGAAACAGUGAAAAAUUCAAAAAUCUUGUGAAAAAUGAAAAUCCUGACAUUGUUUUUAAAAAUGAAGAAGGCGAUGGUUCGGAUUAUUUAAUGUCAAGGAGGUGUCAAGAUAAACUGAACUCACUGGCUGUCAGCGUGAUGAAUAACUGGAAAGAUGUACGAUUACGUGUUACAGAAGCCUGGGACGAUUCGCCCAACUCACAUGCUAAAGAUUCCUUACAUUAUGAAGGAAGAGCUGUAGAUAUUACAACUUCGGAUCGAGAUAGAUCCAAGUAUGGUAUGUUAGCUAGGCUGGCUGUCGAGGCUGGGUUUGAUUGGGUGUAUUAUGAAUCACGUGGUCAUAUCCAUUGUUCUGUUAAAUCAGAUUCGUCUGUUGCCAUAAAAAUUGGAGGAUGUUUCCCGCCAACCGGAAGUGUACAAACUUUACAUGGCUGGAAAACCAUGGGCCAAUUGACAGUCGGAGAUAAAGUGUUGAGUAUAAAUAGUGCUGGACAAUUGGAAUAUAGUCCUGUUAUAGCGUUCAUAGACAGAAAUGACUUGGAGUUUGAGAAAUAUCUCACCCUUCAUACAGAAGACGACACAGAUAUUACGUUAACGUCUAAGCAUUUGAUAUACGCGUCAGGUACGAACAGUUCAAAUUUCGAGUCGUAUGACGUAGUGUAUGCUGAUGACAUUAUGGAAGGUGAUCACGUGUUAAUAACGUCAUCGGAAAAGGGGGCCAUAAGUCCCACUAGGGUUGUGACAAUUAGUGAAAAAACAUUACAAGGUGUUUACGCGCCAUUAACUGUGAACGGUAAUAUUGUCGUUGACGGAGUUGUAGUUUCGUGUUAUGCUGUCGUGUCCGACGCUAAUUUAGCCCAUGCUGUUUUCGCACCAAUGAGAGGACUACAUUAUUUAUCUCAAUAUGUACCUUGGUUCCUACACUCGACGCAACAGGAAAAUGCACCUCAAAAUGGUGUUCAUUGGUACGCAAAAAUGUUGUAUAAUAUUGGUUCUACAUUUCUAAAUGAGAAAACGUUAUAUAUUGCAUGA